CGAUCCGAGGGUCAAUAAGCCGUGAAAAAAAUUCUCAUAUCUUUGGUGUUUUCGAGAUGACAAGUGAGGUUUUAAGCGAUCAAGAAGAACGAGAAGGUCUGCCGGAGUCUGAAGUGGUCAUACAGGAGGGUCCAGACCACACCGCACCUCUGGCCACCCUAGCAACCACCUCCAUGGAGGGGGACAUUGGGCAGAAGAAACAAGGGGGCACCUUCCCCCACAUGGCCCACUUCGAGGUCCCGGAGGACAAGCCUCCGGAAUCGCAGAGCGACACCCUGAAAGCGAAAGGGACGCAAAGGCCUCAGCGCAAGAAUGGAAGCCGAAAGAACAGAGGUAAAGGGGUUCCUGUAGUGGAAAAGGACACUGCUAAGGUUCUGGAGAUGUACCUCAGAAGGCAUCAGUCGCUCUCCCAAGGGACGGAAGCUCCAACAGAGGAGCCAGCGAAGGUGCAGAAGGAGCGUGGAGAUAAUCAAGCAGAGCGGGAGGAAUACUUCAAGCGCAUCGCUGACAGGCUUGCCAGGAUCGGAGACCAGGCGUUGGAGGACUAUGACACAUGCGACAUAGAAACCUUAACCUUUGUUGCGGAAGGACCGGCUCGGGAUGUCAGCAUUGGUGCUAACUAUGAGGAGAUAGGCAAAAAAAUCCAGACUGAUUUAGAUGACAUGCAUUUGGUGGACUUUACAAGCCAAGCCGCCAUCCUCGACGGCGUGGCCAGGUAUGUCAUCAAGAAGGCCACCUACAAGUCAUUCUGCAACGCCAUUGAAUUCAUCGUCGGUCAAGACGUUGGCUUGUCGCAGCUCGCCAUCGUCUUCAAGUUCACACAGGUUGCCUUCAUGGCCGCCCCCUCCAUGAGCCAGAAUGCCAGCAGGAUCAAGAAUUACAGCGUCAGGUUCAUCAGCGAUCACUUCGCCGACUGGCUGGACAGCCAAGGAGGAUGGGGCUCUGUAGUGACGACUGAUGAUUCCGAUUUUGAAGAAGAAAGAAUGAGAAAGAAGGAAGAGCAAAGGAAGAAGGAAGAGCAAAGAUCCCAAGCAAUGAUGAACAACAGAUCGAAAGUGUAUGUGCCACCCAGAUUUAUGCUGGCUAGUGACUUUGGAAAUCUGAACAAAUAACCACAAAAAUGAAGGAUAUGGACUGCACAUGCUCAUUUGUAAAGUUAUGCUAUUGCCUAGUAAUGAUCCAAUAUAUGGUGAGAUAAUUUUUCAAUGUAUAUGUUACCCGAGUGUCUCCAAUCCCAGGC